GAGUAGAAGGAAGCGGCGUGGCUGGCGCCUCAAGGGGCGGGGACAUGUCGGCGCCUGCAUUGAGCAAACAACUUGACGUUCCUGCUGCAUCGCUUGGUACCUCAGAGCUCUACUCUCGUGCAGCUUUCUGCAGUAAGGGUCAUUUCCGUAUCUCCGGCCGCCAACAGCUAUAAAGGCAGCCCGAGCAGCCGGCUCUUGCUGUUGUUGGACCAUCCGUUCCGCAGCUUCUUCUUCCUCCUCGUUUUUUUUCCUUCAGCCAAAACAUUCCAGAGCAGCGUGAGUUAUGCAAGCCGUGUUCCUCACGCUGACCCUGUGCGCUCUGCAGCUGUGUCCGUCGGUUCUCGCAGGCCCGCAGCACCAGCGGUUCGCCUUAGACAAUGGCUGGCCCAUCAGGUUGACCAGGGUACGCAACUUUUCAUGGCAGAAUUGUGCUCCUUCGGCCCCUGCACGGUUCAAGAGCCUGAGUAUAAUUCCAGACCCGAUUUGCAUUCCAGGAGAUGUAACAGUCAUGGCUGCAGGCACCACUACGGUGGCUAUGGUAUCGCCCAUGAAGGCAGAUGUUGUUGUGGAGAAGAAGAUUGGUGAUAUGUGGCUAAAAGUGCCCUGUGUGGACGACGUUGGGAGCUGUACCUACAGUAAUGUUUGUGCCGACCUGGAUAUGCUUAUCCCUCCAGGCCAGCCAUGUCCAGAACCCAUGCGGUCUUACGGCAUUCCUUGCCAUUGCCCCUUUAAAGCGGGUACUUACAACUUGCCUCCCUCUGAUAUCUACAUACCCAACAUGGACUUACCUUCUUUCCUCACCAAUGGGGACUACAGGCUAAAGGCUGUACUGAGUAAUGGUGGACAAGAGUAUGGCUGCGUGAAGCUGUCCUUCUCGCUACAUUCGGAGAGUCGGUGGUUCUGGUGGUGAUUGCAGCACAGGCAUCCCGGUCGUCGAAUGUCCUGUUUUCUUCCUACACUUUCUUUCCCGUAGGCGUCCUAGUACUGAGACUUGCUUUCCAGCCUUAAGGGGAAGGGGAAUAAAUACUGCUUUUAUGAUUGCUCUUAAAUCUCUUAGAGAUGCAGCCUAACUCAGUGAAGAAGUAUUCAUAAGUAUUUUUAACAAGAAAUUGAGAUCUCUAUGACCAAUCAGUAUUCAUUCAUUGAUUCAUUCAGUGAUUGAGAUAAGGGGUGCUUCACAGAAGGUAUUUGUCCUACAUGGAAACAGAGAAGAAAUGUAUAAUUGUCAUAUGUGUAGAUCAUGUAAAUGCGUGUAUGUGUAUUGAGAAUGCACUUCCAGGCAUAUGCAUGUUCAGCAAAAUAGGUGUGCAAUACAUAGCAUUAUGUAUGGAUUCACCCUACAUCGCGGGUUUUCAAAUGAUGGGGAGGGCCCCAGUGAGGUACUAAAAGGGUAUGUAUUCCUGAGCAAGCUUGGAUUGGAUGAUGGAGCCACUCAGUUCCUGUUCCUAGAACACCCGAAUGAGCUUGAUUUCCUCCUUUCCACCUUUGCUAAGCCCCUGCUGGUCUGACUAUGGUUCCUUCACCCUCCCUCAUAUCACAUACAAAAAAAAAAAA